GUCACAUUCUCUGGUGCUGUUUAAAUCCCUUUUCACUCCAGGCGAGUCUGCGCAGUGUCAUCAUGAUGUAGUCCGCCAUUGAGAGGACUCGCGAUCAGUGAAAGGGUCAGAGUUGCUUCGACUGUCGAUGGUUGCACGUUUCUCUCUGUCUGCUCGUUUUCAUUUUUUGAACUCUGAUCAUAGUUUUAAUCAUCUUCAAAUCAUCGAUUGUGUGGAGGGAAUACCAACUUUUCUCUGCUGUGAAUGAUUUUCCACUCUCAAUUUAAUGGAACCGGUUGUUAGUAUUAUAGGGAUAUAUUUGUUGCGAGCAGGCUAUCAGGCAAAGUAAGCUAGCUAGCUAGCUAGCCCUCAGCACAGAGCUUGUGAGUUAGCUAGCUGACUGACUGUGGUUGGCUAACUGGCUAACUGAGCACGAACUGAGCCUUGCUCGGGGGGCAGUGUGCCUGCAGUACAAUUUAUGGAUCCUAGAAUUGCCUGGUUUCAGCCAGAACAGCGCGGACCUGCUAACAGUUUGUGGAUGCAGAUUUGGGAGACAACACAAGGUCUGGGAAAUCUGUACUUCAAUAACAACUAUAGCACAGGAGCUAGCACGUCAAGCCAUAACGUUAGUCCUAAAUUGAACAGUAACGGGGCUACGAGUAACGUGAUCACGACCGAAAACGGGACUCCCAAUACCACAAUCGGCCCAGGUGUUAGUGGCAGCAGCGAGUCCAGGAAUCAGGGGAUGUCUACUUUAAGGGUCGAUAGCGAUAUCGUGGAACAACGGGACUUCAUUCCUUUGGAAACCAACAACAACCAAAACAACCGAUCUGUCGUGAGGGGUGGCGGACCAGGGGUGCUGGCCAGUGGGGUUGGGGUAUGGAGAGGGGAUGUCGCGGGGCACCGCAACAAGAGGAAAAGAGAUAACAAAGCAAGCACGUUUGGGUUCAAUACUAGUCUAUUGCUGAAUGGAUCUGGAGGAGACGAUACUGAUGGCUGUGUUUAUACGGGUACGCCUUGGAAAACCAGGAACUACUCCGAGGGAAUUAUUGGGCUGCAUGAGGAGAUCCAGGACUUCUAUGAGUACAUGUCCCCUCGGCCGGAGGAGGAGCGCAUGAGGCUGGAGGUGGUGGAUCGCAUCAAGCGUGUCAUCAAAGACCUGUGGCCGGCCGCUGACGUUCAGGUGUUUGGCAGCUUCAGCACAGGACUGUAUUUGCCCACCAGUGACAUUGAUCUGGUGGUGUUUGGGAACUGGGACACGCUCCCCCUGUGGACGCUGGAGGAGGCCCUGCGCAGGAAGAACGUGGCCGACGAGAACUCCGUCAAAGUGCUGGAUAAGGCCACGGUGCCCAUCAUCAAGCUGACGGACUCGUACACUGAGGUCAAAGUGGACAUCAGCUUUAACGUGCAAAACGGCGUCAAGGCCGCCCGCCUCAUCAGAGACUUCAAGAAGAAGUAUCCUGUGCUUCCCAAGUUGGUUCUGGUGCUGAAGCAGUUCCUGCUGCAGCGGGACCUCAACGAGGUGUUCACCGGCGGCAUCGGCUCCUACAGCCUCUUCCUCAUGGCCGUGAGCUUCCUGCAGAUGCACUACAGGGAGGAUGUGUCCAGCCCCAACACCAACAUCGGCGUUCUGCUCAUUGAGUUCUUCGAACUCUACGGCCGGCAUUUCAAUUACCUGAAGACGGGCAUCCGGAUUAAGGACGGCGGCAGCUACGUGGCCAAAGACGAGGUGCAGAAGAGCAUGCAGGACGGCUACCGGCCCUCCAUGCUCUACAUCGAGGACCCCCUGCAGCCAGGUAACGACGUGGGCCGCAGCUCGUAUGGAGCCAUGCAGGUCAAGCAGGCGUUCGACUACGCUUACGUAGUGCUCAGCCACGCUGUCUCACCCAUCGCCAAGUACUACCCCAACAACGAGACCGAGAGCAUACUGGGGAGAAUAAUCCGGGUGACCCAGGAAGUGGCCGAAUACAGGGACUGGAUCAGCAAGCAGUGGGGGGCCCAGUCUCAGAAUGAACCAGUCAUCAACGGAAAUGAUGUCACUCUGGAGCCCCAGCAACUAGACGAGUGCAACAACAACGUGUCGGAGGAGGCGGCGGUGCUGCCCUCCAUGUCGCGCAGCAAGAGCUCCUCCAACUCCUCCACGCCUCCCUCGUCCCCCUCCUCAUCACCCUCCACCUCGCCAUCCUCCUCCACUGCCUCCAGCUCCAGUGAUGGGGACUCUGACGUGUCGCCCUGUAAGACCGUGAAGCAGCAGCCUACGCGCGGCCCCAGCACCCACAGGGAGAGUGCGGAGAGGGCACCCGCCAGCCACCGCACACAGCACCACUCCACUGCCAACCCCAGCACCAACAGCAAAGGCAACAAGUCCAAACAGUACCGCCCGAACAAGGGCUCCCAAGGCCAGCAGAACUCCUCGUCCAGCAACAAGGGCCACCAAAGCAGCAAGCCACAUCACCAGGGUAACAGCAAAAAGAGGAAACCACAGAGGGACGCUGCACACGAGGACCUGUGCAGAUAGAGGGCGCUGUUUCCCACGCUCUCGCUUGCUCUCUCCUCUUCUACGGCCUCUCGCCUCACAGACUGAGCAACCCCGUGCAGUUCCCCUGCCCUCCUCUUGUCUUGGGAGGGGCUAGGAAGGGAGUGUGUGUGUGGAGGGGAUGGGGGGGGGAGGCGUCUCUCUAGUGCUAUGGUCACUUUCCUUUUUCUUUCUCUCUCUUUGCUGAGGGAUGGACGACUUUUUAUAGCAGAGAAAAAAAAAAAAAUAUUAAAAAGAGGUAGAGUUCAUGGGCGUGAACAGAAAUCAUGCAGGAGAGUCUCUUGUGUCCCUCACUGGCUUCUGUAGCACAGCUGUUGCCCUGGCGAGGAGCUGGCCCCUCUCACUUUUUGUUGUACGGCUCCCCUCAGUGGACAAACAGAGCGGCGGCCAGAGGGUUUACCGUGACCUACAGGAGCAAUAACUGGAGCUCUGAAGUCUCUGCCUGACUGAGAACCUUUUAGAAAAAAAGCAAAUAAAAGAUUUAAAUAAGUUAAAAAAAAAGAAUAAAUGACAAAAAGUUUUAAAACUGCUAAAAUGUUGAACAUAUACACACACAAGACUUUUUUUCUAAAAAAGGAAGACUGAGGAAAAAAUGCAAUCAAUUAGAUGGAAAACCGUAAUUAUGCAUGAACAUAGUUUUUUUUUUGUCCUUUUUUGAAGAGUGGAUAUCUUUUUGUCAUGUAAAAAACAGGUUAUACAAAGAUUUGUACUUAUGAAAAUAGCAAAAAUCUUUAAAAAAAAAUCUAAAAAAGUAACAAAAAGACAAGUUUCGUACGAAUUUCUACUUGAUUACAUGGAUGCAAACACACUGUUUAGAUGUCCACACUUACUCUGUGACUUGAUAAGCGAAAGCUUUGGAUAAAUUGCCAACUUGUUCAUCAUCAGCAUGUUUCACCUGUUGGUUGUCUGUGUGUGUGUGUGUGUGUGUGUGAGAGAGAGUGAGUGGUUGACAAGUUUGUGUGUUUGUGUGAAAGCAGGCAGUGGAUAUUCUCGCCAGGCCUGCAUGCACAUAGUCACUACUCUUCAUAACUCACAUAGUGAGUGCAGUAUCUGUACAGUAACAGUUAAGGAAACAACAAUGGUUCUUUUUAUGUGUUUUUAAGGGGUAUGAAAGCUAAAUCAUUUCUCGUUUCAGAACACUACAGUACUGUUUGCAAUGUGUGUGAUUGGGUGUGUGUGCGUGUACGAGAGCGGUCAUAUGAGUGGCUUGGUUCUUUUUUCCUUGGCAAUUUACCAUUUACAUAAAGUGUUUGUAAAUGUACUGGUAUUUAUUUUGUUGGAAAUGAGAAUGAUUGAUUGUUCACAACUCUAAAUGAAAGUUGGAGUCCAUGUGCCCCUAUGUGUUGUGUAGUUUGACAGGAGGUUGGAUUGUUGGGGGAUUGCUGACAGUCAGGUGAAGUCGAAAGUGAGGCUGUGUCCAGGGAAGUCAUGCGGGCACUUAAAUGUUAUUGGACAAGAAUAGUUGGGGCUUGUGCACUGAUUGGAAGUCUGUGUCGGCUGUGGAGCCUGUCUGGUGCAUGAAGUGACACACUCUCUUUCUGAGCAACUGCCUACUAUGUGUUCAUGUUUGGCCCCAUGACUUCCCUGAGUGCAGUUAAAAGAACUACUCAUGGGCUCAAAGCUUACUAUUUUUUUUUUUCUUUUUCUUUUCAGUGACCAAGUUACGUAAAAAAAGAAUGAUAAACACACGAAUGAGACCAUUUCUAUGUUUUCAAAAAAUGGGAAGUGAGUUGUACUCAACUUGUGGCUGGUCUACUUAAAAAGGGAGCUGUGUUUUUGGUUAAUGCCAUUUUUUCUUCAUUCUUUCUUUUUUUUUUUAUUUCAUACAGACAAAAAAAAUCAUUUGUCUUCUUCGAAGUGUAAUGCCAUUCAUCAGUUGACCAGUAGGUGGUGGUGUAAGUGUAAAAAAGAAACUGAGAGGAAAAAGUUGAUCGAUAUGACACCCAUGAUGUUCAACUAUGUGUUGACACGCAGGGUUUUUUUUUUCUGUUUGUCUUGACAAUUUGCUAAAUGAUUCCUGCUUAAGCCUUAUGCACAUGUAUACACCUUACACCGUCUGUUAUGGUAGCUCAGAGAACAAUCAGUGGUAUGCUGUGAGCAAAACCAAACGUGAUAAUCCUGUGAUUACCAAAAAAUAAGGAAAAAAAAAAGUGUUUCUCUAGUUUGGUCCCAAAGGAGUUUCACAACCAGUUGUCCUAUCCCAUCCCACCCCAUCCUAUCCCACUGCAUCCCUGCCUUAGAAGGGUAUUGUAAGCACUUGGCCCAUGCCACCAAGAGACUGUAGUUAUCUCUGUGAGAACAUAGUUAAUCCGAACUGUAUCUGUGACAAACUACUUAAAUCCAUGCAAUAAAAAUAACCACAGCACAACUAUCAAACAGGUGAUACAUUUACUAUCCUAUGUAUAAUAUUCAGGAUUUUAUGACAAAUGGUUGGCUUUUGUAUUCCAUAGGCUACAGUGGGGGGGGGGGGGGGGGGGGGGACACGUUAUAUACUCUUAUCUACUACUAAGGUUUAUACUUCAUGUCACUUAGCCUGUGGUUGCCUCUUAACAUUAUUUUAAGCAUAUAUAUUGAGUAUGCUUAGUAAAAUCCCAAAGUUUAUGAGCGAAUGGACCGCCCCAUUGAAAUGCCUCACACUUGACUUUGAUGCCAUUUUCUUUCUUAGAGGCUCACAUGACAUAGGUAGCAUUUUGCUGGUUAGCCUUCCAGCAUCUUUAGGCCUCCUAGAGUGACUUUUCUAAACUACAAAUGGUGUUUUACCAUUUUCUCCUUUUGACAAGGAUGCGUAGUUUAAAAGCAGGUCUUUGUUACUAUAAAGCUUCUGUCUCAUUCCUGAGCAUCUUCCCAACACGUUCAUCGCUUAAGUAGAGCCUACACUGGAUCUCUGUGAUGCUAGCUUUCUCAAGUUGACAUACACAUGUAUGAGGAAAAUCAUCAGCAGGAGUUUUUCAGUUCUGGCUCAAUCAGCUGGUUAAGGCCUUCGCUAGUUUGUGGAAAGGACCCAAGACUAGACCCCAAUUGAUUUCAAUCAAUUUUGCAGCCUUCAAGAACAAACCUAGUGAUCCUAAUCAAUCUCACUUUUUUUGCAGCUUUCAUCUCAUUUUACAGUUAAGAGUCUUUUAUUUUCUUUUAUUUUUCUCCCCAAACCUCUUUUAUCAGAGGUUGAGUCGUGACAAACCUUGCAGUGCACACUUGGUUUCUUUCAGUGCUAAGUCAAGCUACAGUGCUGUAUAUUCCCUUACUUGUCCCUGGAUCUGAAUGUAAUGUGUUUGUUCUGUUCUUCAUGUAGGGACUUUUAAUAGUAUUAUUGCUGCUAAUAGAUUUUGCCCUUGAAUCAGAGUAUACAAAAGUGGUGCCUAUGGGCACAAUGAACAUGAUGAAAUUGUGGUACAGUUCAUGUGAAUGUUAAUGUCAAAAUUACUUCUGUUGGUCACUGAACCGUAUUGGCCCAAGGAAAAUGCAUUCUGUUGAAGAUGACGUGAAUACUUUUAGGUGUCUCUCAGUUUUGGCACAAGUCUGAAUCCAAAUUUAUGGAAUACUUUCCAUUUAUAUUUUGACCCAGUCUAAUUUGCAAUUCUUGGUAUAUUUAUUAAAUAUUUGGGAACAGCUUAAAUGCUCCUCUACUGCUACACUUUUGUUUUAGCCUAUUUUUAUUUUCAGACUUAAUAUUCCUGUUCAGAUGUAUCAUUGUUCCUGUCGUAUUUUUGAGGAUACAGAUAUCUUUUGCAUAUACUAUUUUUUGUGAGAAUUUAAAACUAAAAAAAAAAAAAAACACUUAAGAAAAAAAUAAAAUAAAACAUUUGAUUUAAGUGUCCAGCCCUUUGGAAUUCAGGGCUACAAUCAGAAGGAAGGUGUAUAUUAUACAACAAUAAAAUGCACUUUAAUAUCAAA